AUGAUCGUCGAGUUGUUUUUCUCUGGAUUCGUCAGCUACGGCGGCUUGACUGUGAGAUGGGUCGCAGUCAACUCCGAGGUGUGCAGGCACUUCUCGUCGACUGCGUCUUUUCGGCAGUAUUGGGGCAAAUCCUUCCCUGGCGCUGGCCAGGGCAAGCGUUGUUUGUUCCAUGUCGCUUGCUGUCGAGCCUUGCGUUCUAGUUCUUUUUGGCCCUGCAGCGCUUUCGGGCGCGGGCAGGUGCCUCAGAUUCGGUCGCAGCCUCGCUUCUCGUGUGACGGAGUGCUUUUCGAGGGGCUCGAGUGCGCUAUAUUCUGCUGCUCCUCCUGCCAGUCUACGCGUGCCUCUCACAAAGGUCAUCGCCCAGGGGCUGACGCUUCCAGAGCGGGCCGCGUGAGUGCACUGCGGACUGCUUGA